AUGGCAGCGCAGUCCACACUCCGACCCCGAGAGGAUCCCCUCCUCGCCCUAUACCACAACUACGUCAACCUCCUCCGCUCCCGUGUCAAGCGGACCUCGAAAGUCACCAAGCUGAUCGCGACCCUUGCCCUGUUGCUGUCCAUCGUAGGAUCCGGUUAUGGGGGUUACUCCUGGUGGCGAGAAAGGUCCAAGGAGCGAGCGCGCGGGAAACGCUUACUACGACGGAAUUCAGGCAUCCGCGGGAAGGAUGGCUCCCGCACCGUCUAUGUCCCCUACAAGGACAACCUGACCUCCAAGGUCACCAUCUACGGAACCAAACCGACCACCUUUGAUGCCCAUCGGAGGCUGUUCCUCAACCCCCCGGCCUCCGCCCGCGAUGGGAACGGCGAGGCCGCGAACCAGAUCCCUCCGCCGACGACAAAACCGGGUCUGAACCUCGCGUUCCUGCACCAGUUCCUGAGUCUCUGGAGUAUCAUGGUGCCCCGAUGGAGUAGCAAGGAAACCGGCCUCUUGAUGGGUCACGGUGUGUUCUUGCUGUUGCGCACGUACCUGUCCCUCCUAAUUGCGAGAUUGGAUGGCGAGAUCGUCCGAGAUCUUGUUGCCGGAAAGGGCCGUGCCUUCUCCUGGGGCAUCCUGAAAUGGUGUGGCAUCGGUACGCUGGCAUCGUACACCAACGCCAUGAUCAAGUUUCUCCAGUCCAAAGUGUCGAUUGCCUUCCGGACGCGACUCACACGAUACAUCCAUGAUCUGUACCUGACGGGUGACAGCAAUUACUACAAAUUAAUGAACCUCGACGGCGGGAUCGGCCAAGGCGCCGACCAGUUUAUCACCCAAGACCUCACGCUCUUCUGCUCCGCAGCGGCCGCCCUCUACUCCUCCAUGGGCAAGCCCCUGGUGGACCUGUUCGUCUUCAACUAUCAACUCUACCGCUCUCUCGGGCCCUUGGCCCUCAGUGGGAUUUUGACUGGGUACUUUAGCACCGCCAUCGUCCUGCGGAAGCUGUCCCCGCCGUUUGGAAAGCUCAAAGCUGUCGAGGGCAAGAAAGAGGGAGACUUCCGGGGCCUACACUCUCGAUUACUCGCCAACGCUGAGGAAAUCUCGUUCUACGGUGGUGCGGAUAUCGAGCGCGUCUUCCUCACGCGAAGUUUCAAGGAUCUCCAGCGCUGGAUGGAGGGCAUCUACAGUCUCAAGAUUCGCUACAACAUGCUCGAGGACGUUAUCCUCAAAUACGCCUGGUCGGCCUUUGGCUACCUGAUCACCUCGCUCCCCGUCUUUCUGCCCGCCUGGGGCGGCUUAGGCGGAGCGAUGGAGCUGGCCGACACGCCCGAGGAGAUCGGACGGGAACGAGGCCGCAUGAAGGAAUUCAUCACCAACAAGCGCCUGAUGCUGUCGCUGGCCGACGCCGGCGGCCGGAUGAUGUACAGCAUCAAGGACAUUUCCGAACUCGCCGGCUACACCUCGCGCGUGUACACCCUCAUCUCGACGCUGCACCGUGUCCACGCCAACGCAUACUAUCCGCCCCCGGGCGCCCCCGCCGAACUAUACUCCCUCGCCGACGUCCAAGGCACCAUCCACAACGGCUUCGACGGCGUCCGCCUUGAAUCCGUCCCCAUCGUCGCGCCCUCCCUGUUCCCUCUGGGCGGUGACGAGCUCCUUGAGUCCCUGUCCUUCAUCGUCCACUCCGGCGACCACCUUCUCAUCACCGGCCCCAAUGGCGUCGGCAAGUCCGCCAUCGCCCGCAUCGUCGCCGGCCUGUGGCCCGUGUACCGGGGCCUAGUCAGUCGCCCGCGCGGCUUCGGCGUGGACGGGAUCAUGUUCCUGCCGCAGCGUCCCUACCUCAGCGUCGGCACGCUCCGUGACCAGGUCAUCUACCCGCACACGGAGAUUGACAUGCGCGAGGCCGGCACGUCCGACGCCAUGCUGCAGAAGAUCCUCGACGACGCGCACCUGGGCUAUCUGCCCACCCGCGAGGGCGGGUGGGACGCGCGCAAGGAGUGGAAGGACGUUCUGAGCGGCGGCGAGAAGCAGCGCAUGGCCCUCGCCCGGAUCUACUACCACGAGCCGCACUACGCCUUCCUCGACGAGGGCACCUCGGCCGUCUCGGCGGACGUGGAGGGCCUCCUCUACGAGCGGGCCAAGGAGCGGGGCAUCACCCUGAUCACCAUCUCCACCCGCGCGUCUCUGAAGAAGUACCACACCUAUAGUCUGACGCUCGGUCUUGGUCCAGAGGGAGACCAGUGGGAGUUUGAGCGCAUCGGCACGGAGAAGGAGAAGCUCGGGGUUGAGAAGGAGCUGCAGGAACUACGAAAGAGGCUGGACAAGGUCGAGGAUUGGAAGAAGCGUCGCGAGGAGAUUGAGAACGAGCUCAACAAGGUGUGGGUGGAGGAUGGGGAGUUGGCACCCCCGCCGGCUCUAGUAUACCGUUUGGAGUACUUUAUACUGGGCACGAUAGAAUUUGGUAAUGUAGCAGCCGGUGGAUUUGUGAUUUAG